CGGGGCAGAAGCCCGGAGACGCCGUCGUCGACGCUGACACCGCUGGCUCCUCUGCCGCUUCCCGCGGCCCCCCAAUCUCUUUCUCCACCUGCAGCCCCGUGUUGGCCCUCACGCCGAGCCCCGCCGGGCGCUGCAAAGCCCCCGGUGUUGGCGAGGCCAGGCCCAGCCCCGACGCCGUACCGCCCCACGCCGAGCCCGACAGUCUCGACUUGCGACUCAGCGCUGUCUUCUUUCCCAGGAGUGAUUCCGAGGGGGUCGCAGGCGCGCAGACUCGCCCCCCGCCAGAGCGCCCCGGCCCGGCCCGGGAGCGGCCCCUGGUAGAGAGGUUCGAGGAGCCAGCCAAGCCGAGUGCCGUCCCGGCGCCUCGCCCGCCCACCACCGGCCCGCCGGCCCGCUUGUUCCUGAUGCUGACUGCCGUCCACUAGAGGUUGGACAGGACCCCCAAGGUGCGUACCCGCCCCUGCCCGCCCGCUCCGGGGGGUGGGGGGUGUCCCGGCUUCGUCCGCGGCCCCGAGCGAGCCCCGGAUUCGAAAGCCUCUCCGGAGGAGUCUCAGCUCUGAUUUACCGAGCCCUGAGUCGAACAUUUGGUAGACGCCGGUGCUUUAAUCUGUCUUUGAGUUUACUUAAAUUGUUUGAAAUUUAAUUUUUUUCAGAGAGGAAAAAAGAAGCAUAAUUCAGCCAUUUUUUGCAGCACACAGCUGCAGGUACCAUGAUUAUUUUUUCCCUAACCCAUUUCUCCCCUUUAACAAUUCUAUUUAUGCCUGAAAUAGAACUAUGCGAAAUGGGAGGCAUAAAACGUGGAAUCAGAAGGUCUGGGUUCGACUGUUUGAGAAAAUCCCUUACCGAGCUUCGGUUUCCUGAUUUACGAUUUCGAGUCAGUAGUACCCACAUCUCUGGAUAGUGAGGACUAUAUGAGGUCAUAUAUGUGGAAAUUAUCUAUAACUGUAAAGUGUUAUAAAAAUGCAGUGCUUGUAAUUUUCUUUUUUCAGUAAUCUUUGCCAGCGUGGUUAAUGCUGUAGUGGCUAACUGUUGCUGCUUCUUUAUUUCUAUAUUAUAACUAUAAGCAGUAAGUACGGAAUAGCACAAGCAGUGCUGUGAAUCGACCAGAUACGUAAUAGUCACUUUGCUUGGCCUUCCUCCUGUGAAAUGCUAACUGCUUAAAUAACGGUAUUCUUUAAUUCAAAUUUAACAUUACUGUAGUGCUUUCCUUUUCAUCUUUCUAGGCCACUUAGGCCUUCUUCUUACUCAGAAUAUUUGUUUAGCUUGUUACAUUCGUCUAGUCUUUUAUAUUUUUCUGAGAUAAUACCACCUUUGUUAAUCUGAUUAAGUUCUAAUUUAGGCGGUGCUUUUUAGGUCUAUCUUAAUUUUAAUGGCUAUCUUUCAUAUCUAGGGAACAGGAUGCCUGAAUGUCUCUAUGAAUUUGAAGGUUGUUUUUGAAGAGCUUGUAAAUGCAUUCAUAUUUCUGUAAUUCUUAAGAGAUCUAGAAAUGUAUAGAAAAUUUCAACUUCUCGGCACUGAAUGCAAUCAUAUUUAUGGAAUUCUUAUUAAUUAUUGCAACGCUUAGUAGGUGCUUAGAGUCACAGUUUAUCAGUGGUAAAGGAUGUUAAUUUGCACCCAUUAUUGCUGAUUAACUUUGGGAGAGGAUAGAAUAGUAAGUAUUUGUGGUUUGAAAAUUGAGUUUAUUUGGCAGAUUUGGUAAUAUAUAUGUGUAACAUCAGCAUGGAAUGAUUCUGUACUUGGCACAUAAAAAGGUAGUAUGGUUUGGCUUAAAUGGUACACAAAAAGCGAAAGAGAAGCCUUUUUUUAGUAUAUUAUUUUUAGCUAACAAAUGGUUUUCUGAUCAUUACAUGUUUUAUUAAAUUUAUAAUCCUCUAGUCCAAUACCAGUUGUCUUUCAGAGCAUGCUUUCAUGUUUCGUUAAAAGGCAGAAUAAUGUGAGGCGGGCAAGAUUAAAAUAGCAAAAGGGAGAGCCUACCUAACUUUAAUGCGGUAGCUUCUAUACAUUGGACUUACUGGGUGUCCUGAAGAUAAAAUUUUGGUAUUUUACUGCUUUAUGGGAAAUUUCAAGGUUUGACCUUCUCUCUGCCUUCAUUUGGGUUUGCUGUGGAGCUGAAAUUUGGGACCAGGGCUGGCUUCCUGGCUGUACCACCUGUGCAGCCACCCAGGACCCUGUGCUCAUAAGGGCCCCACACUUGGCUUAAUGAUACGCAUUUAAAACUGGUAUUGUACAAUAUAAAGAUGAAGGGUAAAAUUAAUAUUCGUUUAAAGUUUUAAUUUUUCUUUGCUUAGAAUGACAUUAAACAGCAAAUGAAAAAAAUACCACGACAAGUUAAGAGAGUCCUCAGAAGAAAAGAAAGAGCUUUAUAUUUUAGUACCUUUAACACUUUUUUCCUGCUUUUUGAACAAGAGACCGCACAUUUACAUUUUGUACUGACCCCAAAAAUUAUAUAGCCAUUCCUACUUAGGACCGUUGUCAGGCUUGCCUUAUCCCAUUAUGAAUGUUUUGAGAGUGAAUAAUGUUAACUGUUGAGGAGAACGAAUCUUUAGUUUAUGGGGAGAUUGAAUUAAGUUAUUAAGCUAUAGUUCCUCUGAAUUGAAGUGUUGUAGCUCUUGUGGGGUUUUUUUUUUUUUAAUUGAAGAGCAUGAAGAACAGCGAGUCAUUGGUGAGGCAGUAUAGUAUAGUGGGUAAUUGUGAGGGCUCUUGAAAUCAGGCAGACCCCAACCAUGUACAAUAGCCAUGGGCAAGUUAUUUAACCUUUGUUAGCUUUGUGUCCUCAUCCUUAAAUCAGGGAUGGAGGGUUGUAAGGAUUAAAUGUAUCCAUUCAUCCCACAAAUAUUUAUUAAGCAUUUAUUAUGUGCCAAGCAUGUUUCUAGGUGCUGAGGGUAAAACAGUCAAUGCAAUAAAACAAAAAAAAAAUUUUUUUUGAAGCACCAAGUAAGCUAAAUUGGUAAAAUUGAUAAUGUAUGUCACCAUUGAAAUAUACUACAGAAGAAAAUAAAGCAGAGGAGGAAGGUGGGGAUUGUCUCGUUGUUGGGAGGGUUUUUCUGUUUUAAAUAGGAUGUUCAGGUAAGGCCUCACUGAGAUGAUGGCAUUUGAGUAAAGACCUGAAGGAGCCGGGUGUAUCUGGGGAUAGAGUGACCCAGGCAGAGGACACAGCAAGUGGAGAGGCCUUAAGGUGAGAGUGCGGCUAAUUUUCAAGAAAUACCAGUAAAGAAGCCCAGUGUAUCUGAGGCAGGGUAAACAAGGGGAAGAAUAAUAGGAGAUAAUUAUUAUUGCCAUUGUAGGAAUCAUUGUAGAGGCUCUCAUAGUUAAUUUCUGCCAUGGUUACUGCUGUAUUGCUGCUGGUCCAAAAGUGGAAGACCUUUUCAGAAAUAGAAAAUUGGAAAAUUACAAACACUGGAAUAAAGAAACACUAGAAAAGGCAAGCUGUUUGCUCAGAUUUUCUGUUUAUAAUGUUAGAUCUAAAAGCUCUUCUGGCUGAAUCAUUGAAGCAAAUGAGAACGGAUAAAAAAAUUGAUCCUUUGCCUCUGAUAAGAUCCUUGAAUUUAAUGAUUCUAUAUCAUGGACUUUAUAAAGAUUUUCAGGACAUGUGUAUCAUAACAUCAGGACCUUCCAAGAGAUUUAGUUUAGUUAUAUAAUAAUUGUGGAGACCUAAAAUGCUAACAUUACAGUAUUUGUGAUUUCAUGUUAGAAUGUAAUGUAGAGGAUUUGGGGUUUUAUUCCCCAAUAGAGGCUUUUCCUAGAAUUCUCACUGGAUCCAUUCUCUAAAGACUAGGGAAGCUGUUUUCCAUGACAUCACUUUUGGACUAUUUCUACUUGUAGUCAGUAUUAAAUUAGAUAAAAGUCUUCAGAUGAAAAAUAACCUUGAAGCAGGGUUUUUUUCUUACCACAUUUCUUGUAUUAUACAAUGACUAAAUGGUAAACAUACCUGAGAAGUGAAGUAACUUGGAUAAUAGGUGCCAACCUGGAGGCUGGAGGACCCAGAGUCUUCCUAAUAGCUUAGUUUAACAGUCAUUUGUAAUUUGGUACAGAGUUAGAAAAAUAUUUUGAUGUACAAGAAAGAAUUUCCAGUAUUAUGUAAACAAAUUCAAAUUAACUUAUGCAGCCUUUGCUCCCACAAAGUUAGUCUGUUUUCAAGUUUUUCUUUCCUUUUGCAUUGGUACAUUGAGAAGUAGGCCACUUUGAGAUUGUCGAAUUUAAAAUUUCUGCUUUAUAGGUUACAGAAAUUGUGAGAAAUUUUAGAACUCAAAAAUUAAUUCUAUUUUUAUCCCUAGUAAGCCUUGCAUUCUCUUUUUAAUAUGCAAGUAUGGCAUUUUCUGGAGAGGCAUCAAUUUUGGUAGGGUAACAGUUUGAAGAUGAAAGUAGCAUGAGAUAAUUUAAUUUUUUCAUUGAAAAUAAGUGUAUUAUAUCAAACUCUGAGAAUCUAGCUUUUGUACUGAAUAGCUGAGGAUUUUGUAUGAGUUUUCAAGCAGCUGUGGGAGGAAUGUGAAAACAUUAAAUUAUUGCUUAUGAUAACAUAAACAUGGACAUUAGUUAAUUUUGAAACAUCUUCUGUUUCAUUGCUUAGAUUUUUGCCUUUAAACCAGAAUGGCAGCCUUCUAGCUGAAAAGGAAGCAUUUAAUUUCUUCGCCUUUAAUUUCCUGUCCAAUUUUGCCCCCACCAGACUUCUUACUUUACUGGUCACUAGAGAGUUUGAACUGUUAGAAAUUUCUGUGAUAUAAAUAGCAGCAAUAGUCUUCCAGGGUGGAGGUAGGAAGAGGUGGUUUUGUGUAUGUCUGUGUUGCCAUUUAUCUCUUAAUCACAUCUUCAGUGAUACUGAAGCUUUUUGAUCUCAGGACCUCCUUAUACUCUUAAAAAUUAUUGGCAUCCCAGAGGGCUUUGGUUUUAUGUAGGUUAUAUCUAUUUAUAUUUACCAUAUUAGAAAUUAAAACUGGGAAACUUUAAAAAUAUAAUUCAUUUAAAAAUUUUAUUAAUCCCAUUACAUGUUAAUCUAUAUAACAUUUUUUUAAAUGAGAAAUAACCAUUUUCCAAAACAAUAAGAAUCCUAGUGAGAAGAGUGGCAUUGUUACAUUUUUGUCUGGCUUAAUUAAAAAAAAAAAGUGGGCUUCUUGUUGGCGUCUGCACUUAGUUUGUGUGAUAUCACACAUCAUGUAGCCUUUGGAAAACACUGCACUCAUGAGAGAAUGAGAGUGAAAAAGACAGCUUUUAAAAAAUUAUCACGAAAAUAGUUUUGACCUCACGAAGCCCUUUUAGAGGACUGGGACCAUAGUUGUCCCUAACCACACUUUGAGAAUCACUAUACUGGAUAAUCAUUCUUAUGCAUAGAAAAUGUAAGGCUCUCUUUUUUUCUGUAGUUGGUGCCUAGUGUAUAAGGCACAUUCUUCAGUAUUUCUUUCCUAGUAGUAUAAGUAUGCCAUAUCAUUUAGUCUAAAUUAGCUUGGUUACCCCUUUAAGAAAACGUACCAUUUGAAAUUCUGAAGGCCAAGUAUAGAAGUUUUCUGUAUGGAGUCCUGGUGGCGCAGUAGUUAAGAACUUGGCUGCUAAGUAAAAGGUUGGCAGUUCAAAUUCAACAAUCGCUCCUUGGAAACCCUAUGGGGCAGUUCUGCUCUGUUCUUUUAGGGUCACUAUGAUCGGAAUUGACUUGAUGGCAACGGAUUUUUGUACAGGUUUAUAAACCGUAAUUUCCCUUAAACUAAUGAUCCAUUUUGAAAAGUGAGGAUACAGAAUUUCCGUGCAUUAAACAUUUUGUAUGUCAGUAAGUACCUUUUCUCAUUGCCCCUUAAAGGAUUUUUUCCAGCCUUCAUUGAUUAAGAGUUCUUGAGUUUUAUGUUAGUUUUACAAUGAUCUUAGUUUUUCCUUAAAUUGGUAUAAUUCUGUAUUUAGAGAAUUUUUAUGCAUAAGAUUUUGUGUAUUCCUUUUGCACUCUUGUACUUUACUUUUUUUAGUUAUUUGUUGUUAUUCUUGUGUUUUUAUUAUAAGCCUUACUCAUUCUAAGUCUUCCCCCCCCCUUUUCUUUGUAGCUUCUUCCAGGGUAUGGAUUGUGGACAAGUUGGUUUUGUUUCACGUGUUCAUUUGUAAGUUUGCUUGUUUGAUGCCUUAAACAUUGAUGUUAAUAGAUCAGUGCUGUCCAAUAGAAAUAUAAUGCAGGCUACAUAUGUAAUUUUAAAUUUUCUAGUAGCCACAGUUUAAAGUAAAAAGAAACAAGUGAGAUUAACCUUAAAAUAUUUUUAACUUAAUAUACUCAAAAUAUUAUUUCAACAUGUCAGAUUUAUGUGAGAUAGCUUACGUUGUUUUUUCAUACUAAGUCUUCCAAAUCUGGUGUUUGUUUUACACUUAAAACAUAUCUCAAUUUGGACUAGUCAUACUUCAAGUGCUCAGUAGCCCCAUGGCUGGUGGCUUCCAUAUUGAAUAGUACAGGUAUGGAGAGUAGCUGUAUCAUCUUGUCAGUGCAAAAAAGUCUAAGGAACCCAUUAGUAAAGCUAGAAAAUUAUACUUACGCAAUGAGAAAAAAUAGAAAAGAGUGCCAGUGUAAAAUGAAGUCCAUUGUUUCAGCUACCAGUACAUUUCCUAAUGCCUUACAAUCUAUAUUGUGAUAAACGCUAGGGAGGAGUGGGGUCUGAGGAGAAGAUUGAGGGGUAUUUAGUCCCUGUGGUCUUACGGGUGAUAAGGAACAUUAGGCAAGAAUUGGGUGAUUGAACACUGGACUCUGGUGGAAUGCCUUGCUCUGGAUUAGAUGCUUAACCUAUGGUAAUUCAUUUAAUCACUACCACAACUCAAUAAGGUUGGUAUUAUUAUUGCUAAUAUAUAGAUAGAAACCAAGGUCAGGAAGCUAACCAAAUUUCUCCAGGUCACACAGAUGGUAAGUAAUAGUGCUCUCUGAUUUCAAAAGCUUUGCUCUUUCCAGCCAUACUAUUUUGUACGUACUGCAUGACCUUGAAUAAAAAGUCAGUUUACCUCUGGACCUUAGUUUCUUCAUCUGUGGAAUUAGAGUUGCUCUGGGUCCUGAGAGACUACUGAGAAGAAGGGCUGGGAUUAAAGUGCUGUUGCUAGGGAGAAGAGUUUCUCCAAAGUUAACUGGACCUUUAAAAGGUCAGGGUUUUUUUUUUUUUUAAUGUUGGCUCUGUUUGCAUCAAGUGAAGAGGGUAUAAUAGUAAGCUUUAACAUUACGGAGUUCUUAAGGGCCAUAUACUGUUCUAAGUGCUUUACAUGUAUUAACCCAUUUAAUCCUCAGCAGCAUCCUGUGAGGUAGGUUCUAUUAAGGUAAGUUCUAUUAAUAUUAGUAUCCACAUUUUACAGGUGAGGACAUUCGAGCACAAAGAGGCUAAGUAGAUUGCUCCAAGGUCAUACAGCUAAUAAGAGGUGGAAUCAGGACUCAAGCCUGGGCAUCUGACUCUAGACCUGUACCCUUAACUCACUACUUCCAUCUAGAGACUAUCAUUGUUGGUCAGUUAAUCACUGAGUAUUUCAGUGUUUCCUACUUACACAUGCAUCCCAUAAAAGUAUAAAAUACUACUGCUGCUCUAAAGCUGUUAGUCUUACUGAGAGAUGCACUAAGCAUUUUCAUGUAGAAAGGAAGUUAACUGCAUAUGCCUCAGCUAUCACAAAUUAGUUUUAGAAGUGAAUUUAGAUCAGAUAAACUUCAUAAACACAUUGCUGAGACUUUAAAAGUAGAGUUUAUCUUCUCUCUUUUCUUUGUGUGUGUGUGUGAGUGUAUAUAUAUAUAUAUAUAUAUAUGAUGCAUACAUCUGUAAAAACAGAUAAAGAGCAGGAGAAUAAAUGAGAAUUCUGUGACUAAAAGAAAUUUUAGAGAUUAUCAUUAAUACCCUUAUUUUACAGAUGGAGAGAUAAGGCCAAGAAAGUUUGAAUAACCUAAUUAAAGUACAAAUACUUCUGUGAGUUGGAAUCGACUCCAUGGCAACAGGUUUUUUAUUUUCUCUCCCUUGGUUUGGUUAUAAGUAGAAAAAAAGUCAACCUAAGGAAGUAAAACCGGGGAACUUACUAUAAAAAUGUAAGGCUUCCUCUCAGAACCCAAGGGCAGGAAUAGACCUAGGCCUAAGGCCUGGAGAAAUGACACCCUUAGGGAGCACUCUGUCUUCUCAUUGUGACUUCUGCACAUCCGCUUUAGCCCUCUGCUGCUCCCUUCCUGUGGCAGGUGGAAGUUGGCGCCUACGGCUGUUCUUUAGCGUGUUUCAGUCACACACACUCAGUGCAUUUCUCUCUCUUUCUCCCUGUCUUCUUCUUUUCCCUCCCCAUUUCUGAAUUUUUGACAAAAGGGUGUUCACCUUGAUUCAUAUUUCUUACCCUAGUCUGACUCUGUGUGACCAGGGACAGGAUCACAGUGGAAGCCUGCCUGCUAGGAAUCUACCUCAGUGGGCUGGGUGCUGUCAUUACUUUGACAGUUUAUCAACCCUCCCUCUCUCUUUUUUUCCCCUGCUUCUUUGCCCUAUGAUGUUUCCACCAUAGUAUAAGUAUCUGGAACCUGGACUGCCUUUUUUUUUUUUAUUUUUAAGAAAGCCUGGUGUCUUUUAAAAACUUUGUUUAGAUGGCAUAUUUUUCAGAAAGGUGAAUGUUAGCUCUUUGUGACAUUGUCAGAUAGUGAUAGCUGUUGAAUGAAGAGGGUUACUUUGACAGGAAGUGAAAUAUAUGGUGUUUUAGGCAUUGUCAAAGUAACAGAUUAAUGAAACACAAAGCAGCCUACCGUCAAGUACAUGAAUGCUGAUACCUAGUCUAUAUUAUUAAAUUUCCAGUGCGACCAGCAUAUCCUGACAGAAUGAUGAUUGGUGCCCAUAGCGACCCUGAGAAAGAUAAUUAAAUAAUCAAAUUUUUGAUUCAGUUUAAUUUGCUGUGUUUAAUUCUGAUUAUUUUGAAAAUCGAUAAUUAGUCUACUAUUGAUAGGCCUCUACUAACAAGAAUGUUUGAUUAACCAUAACACCACACUGAUAUUUCUUUUGUUCUCAGUAUGUAUUUGUGUGCAUAUGCCUUAUAUCACUUGGAAAAUUCUAAGCUCAUUAAUUUUAUCUUUAAAAAUAACUCAGGAGAAGUCAGCACAACUUGACUAAGGCAAGGUCAUGGAAGCUUCAUGGACACAUCCAUACUCCCUGAGGGACCAAAUUACUGGGCUGAGGGCUGGGGACCAUGGUCUCAGGGAACAUCUAGCUCAAUUGGCACAACAUAGUUUGUAAAGAAUAUGUUCUACAUCCUACUUUGGUGAGUAGUGUCUGGGGUCUUAAAGUUUGUGAGUGGCCAUCUAAGAUACUCCACUGGUUCUACUCCAUCUGGAGCAAGGGAGAAUGAAGAAAACCAAAGAUACAAGGGAGGAUUAGUCCAAAGGAUUAAUGGACCACAGCUACGACAGGCUCCACCAGACUGAGUCCAGCACAACUAGAUGGUGCCCAGCUACCACCACCAACUGCUCUGCCAGGGAUCAAUAGAGGGUCCUAGACAGGGCUGGAGAAACAUGUAAAACGAAAUUCUAACUCUGAAGAAGAGACCAGACUUACUGGUGUGACAAAGACUGGAGAAACCCCAAGAGUAUGGCCCCCAGACACCCUUAAAAUGGCUCAGCACUGAAGUCACUCCUGAGGUUCACCCUUCAGCCAAAGAUUAGACAGGCCCAUAAAACAAGACUAAAUGGACACACCAGCCCAGGGACAAGAAUGAGAAAGCAGCAGGGAACAGGAAAGGUGGUGAUGGGGAACCCAAAGUUGAGAAGGGGAGUGUGUUGACAUGUUGUGGGGUUGGCAACCAGUGUCACAAAACAAUAUGUGUAUUUUUAAAUGAGAAACUAAUUUGCUUUGUAAACCUUCAUCUAAUGUACAAUAAAAAAAUUGGAUAAAUAAAACUGAUAGCUUACUUUAAUGUUGAAUGUGUUAGUAAAAUAGUUCUGCCAAGAUUUGAUUAUAGUGUCUAAAAUAGAUUUUGUACUUAUUUUCCAAAUUAUACAUAGCCUUCUUGUGUUUCACUUUUCCAAAAUUUGAUAUUAAUUUCAUGUUAUGCAUACUUUACUGGUAAGUGAACAUCAUUAUUAUGUGGUAUAAUCAAUAGGACUUAAAGGCAGGUUAAGGACAGAUAGGGAGAAAGAAGCACCUAGAAUGCCUCUUGAUGAGAUGGGAAAUACAAAAGAGAAGUGGUUGGGGGAGGGUAGAAUUAUAACUUAGGAUGAUUUUGAGACUCCUUUGGGCAUCCAGAAGAACUGUUUAAUAAUAGCAAUUUGAUACAUACAGGACUGGAGUAAGGUAGAAUGUUGGAUAGAGAUUGUCAAUGUAUUGGUAGAAGUUGGUCUUAGUAGAAACCAUGAGUUUAGAUAAGAUCAUGUAGGGAGAGCACAAUGUUCAGAUGAAAAAAGGGAAAGAACAGAAUCCUGGGGAACACCAGUGUUUAAGGAGUAGCUCAAGAAAAAUGUGCUUAUGGAGAUUGAGAAAUGAGCAGUCCAAGAAUAGGAAGAGGAUCAGGAGAGUGGUGUUAUGAAGCUGAGAGCAAGUGAUUAGUCUAGGGAGUAAGCCAUGCUGCAGAAGAAUCCAGAGAAAAGGAGCCUAGGAUGUAAUUGUUGGAUUUAGCAGUUGGGCUCUUGAGAUUUUUUUUUAAUGAAUGUUUUUUUUCCUCCUAUUAAUACACUUUCAUUGCAGAUAAAUUAGAAAACACAGAUUAGCAAAAGGAAGAAGGAAAAAGGUAAAAUCACCUGAUACUCUGCCAUUCAAAGAGAACCAUUUUUAACAUUUUUUGGUGUAUUAUCUUUUAAAGCUUUUUUCUUAUUUAUUAACAGGUUUUUUUUGAAAUGGUCUCAGACUGGGAUAAUUGCAAAUAAAUGGGUGAAUGUGUCAAGAAGUUAAAUAUAAGAUGUCAUAGACAAUAUAUUGAUGAAACAGUUGUGUAAUAUCUAGUGAUAGCCUACUCAAAAGAAUGAAGAAGUGGUGUCUUUAGCAGCCAUAACCUUUUCUUUCUCAAAACACUGAGGGCCGUACCAAAUCCAGGAUAGAGAGGGGAUUCCUAAUGUACUGCCUGGUACACAUAGGUGAUAUUUUAUUAAAUAAAGGAGGAUAAUUGUUAAUUGGAGUGGUAACAUGGGCAGUGACAGCCUCCCUGAAGAAGAUGGUAGAGUAGGUGACGGCAUUCGACUGCAUUGCCAGUUGCUUCACUGAAGGACUCAUGGUCCAUCCAAAGACCCAACCAGGGAAGGAAAAAAACUUCAGAUUCUAGCAUUACUACCUGCAGGGAUUCAGAGUCACAGAUACUGGCUACCACAUCCUUUGAUUGUCCUCUUCUAGGCUGGCACAGUCUGUGGAUAGUGUGUCACCAAGUAACUCCAACACAUAGCUCCAAGUCAUGAGGCUCAAGAUGUUCUAGAUAAUGCUUUAAAAAUGGUUGUAGUAUCCCAGAGAUAAGUCCGUAUCAAUUGUCCUGAGUUAGGGACAUCAGUAUACAUCGGCAAGGAAUGCCUUCAUACCUGUUCAAACAGGGAAAAAAGGCCACAGGUACUGAAGGUCUUCCUGAGAUUAAAGGACCAUAAGUUUACAAUAAUACCAGUCAGCAGAGUUUUGGGGAUAGUAGCAUAGGUAUGGAGGACAGGCAAAGGGGUAAGGCAAAGUGCCCAGCUCAUCAUCUUGGCAACAAGCCUCAGAAAGGGAGGGGCCGUGAUGAGGCCUCUACCACCCCCCACCCUCUGAAGUCCUGAUGGUUUGCCCAUGUAGCUUGUCAUGUGGGCUUUGUGGUAUAAAAAUGGGUGGCCAGUGCUAGGUGGAAGCAAAAGUAGCCUAAGUGUUCAGCCCACCUAACUAGGCCUACGUAGUCGGGGGAACCGGCAGAAAGUAAGCCCUCCACUUUUUAACUAUUUUUGUUGUUGAAAAUAUACACAGCAGAACAUACACCAGUUCAACAGGUUCUACAUGUACAGUCCAGUGACACUGAUUACAUUUUCAAGUUGUGUAACCAUUCUCGCCCUCCUCUUUUGUGUUAUUCCUCCCUGAUUAACAUAAACUCACUGCCCCCUAAGCUUCUUAUCUAACCUUUCAAGUUACUGUUGUCAGUUUGAUCCCAUAUAGUUUUUUAAAAGAGCACAGUGUGCAGGUUAGACAUAAUUUACUGAUGAAGCUAAACUGUUCGGUUUAGGAAAUCCUGGUGGUGGUGAGGUUAAGCGUUAUGCUUGCUAACCAAAAAGUUGGCAGUUUGAAUCCACCAGCCACUCCUUGUAAACCCUAUGGGGCAGUUCUGUGAGUUGGAAUCAACUCAAUGGCAAUGGUUUUUUUGUUGUUGUGGUUGGUUGGUUUGUUUAUAAUUUUUAUUGUGCUUUAAGUGAAAGUUUACAAAUCAAGUCAGUCUCUCACAUGAAAAUUUAUAUACACCUUCCUACAUACUCCCAAUUACUCUCCCCCUAAUGAGACAGUCUGCUCUGUCCCUCUACUCUCUUCAUGUCCAUUUCGCCAGCUUCUAACCCCCUCCACCCUCUCAUCUCCCCUCCAGGCAAGAGAUGCCAACAUAGUCUCAAGUGUCCACCUGAUCCAAGAAGCUCACUCCUCACCAGCAUCCCUCUCCAACCUAUUGUCCAGUCCAAUCCAUGUCUGAAGAGUUGACUUCAGGAGUGGUUCCUGUCCUGGGCCAACAGAAGGUGAUCCAUGGCAGGGGACGUGGAAGGAUUUUGUUCCUCCAUCCAUGACACCAGUGUCUCUGCUGGGUUCAGAGCACUGUAUGAAGAGGGCUUGCUUCUUGAUGUCACUCUGGUCAUUGAAGAUCAUCAGUUCCAGGCCCAUAAAGCACUCCUGGCCACCCAGAGUGAUUACUUCAGGAUUAUGUUUACUGCCGACAUGAGGGAGCGAGAUCAGGACAAAAUUCAUUUAAAAGGUCUAACUGCUACUGGUUUCAGCCACGUCCUUCAGUUUAUGUACUAUGGAACUAUAGAACUGAGUAUGAGUACUGUUCAUGAGAUUCUUCAGGCUGCCAUGUAUGUGCAACUUAUAGAAGUGGUGAAGUUCUGCUGCUCUUUUUUAUUAGCGAAAAUCUGCUUAGAAAAUUGUGCAGAAAUUAUGAGACUCUUAGAUGAUUUCGGUGUAAACAUCGAGGGAGUCAGGGAGAAGUUGGACGCCUUUCUGCUAGACAACUUUGUGCCACUCAUGUCCAGGCCUGACUUCCUGUCGUAUUUGAGCUUUGAGAAGCUCAUGUCUUAUUUGGAUAAUGAUCAUCUGAGCAGGUUCCCAGAGAUAGAGCUGUACGAGGCUGUGCAGUCUUGGCUGCGGCAUGAUAGAAGACGCUGGAGACAUACCGAUACCAUCAUUCAGAACAUCAGGUUUUGUUUGAUGACCCCAUCCAGUGUUUUUGAGAAGGUUAAGACAUCAGAAUUUUAUAGAUACUCUCGUCAGCUGCGGUAUGAAGUUGAUCAAGCAUUGAAUUACUUUCAGAAUGUUCACCAGCAGCCUUUGAUGGAAACAAAAUCCAGUCGCAUCCGUUCUGCCAAACCCCAAACUACAGUAUUCCGAGGAAUGAUUGGACAUAGCAUGGUAAACAGUAAAAUACUACUCUUAAAGAAACCAAGGGUCUGGUGGGAGCUGGAAGGCCCACAAGUACCUCUACGACCAGACUGCCUUGCUAUUGUCAAUAACUUUGUGUUCUUGUUAGGCGGGGAAGAACUGGGGCCCGAUGGUGAAUUCCAUGCUUCUUCUAAAGUGUUCAGGUAUGACCCAAGACAGAAUUCUUGGCUACGGAUGGCAGACAUGUCUGUUCCACGUUCAGAGUUUGCAGUUGGCGUUAUUGGGAAAUUCAUCUACGCGGUAGCAGGAAGAACCAGGGAUGAGACCUUUUAUUCAACAGAGAGAUAUGACAUCACCAAUGAUAAAUGGGAAUUUGUAGAUCCUUAUCCAGUCAACAAAUACGGUCAUGAGGGGACAGUGCUCAAUAAUAAGUUGUUUAUCACCGGUGGAAUCACAUCAUCAUCUACUUCUAAACAGGUAUGUGUGUUUGAUCCCAGUAAAGAAGGAACGGUAGAACAACGUACCAGGAGAACGCAAGUGGUUACCAAUUGCUGGGAAAAUAAGAGCAAAAUGAAUUAUGCAAGAUGCUUUCACAAGAUGAUCUCUUACAACGGCAAGCUUUAUGUCUUUGGUGGUGUUUGUGUGAUCUUAAGGGCCUCUUUUGAAUCUCAGGGAUGCCCUUCCACAGAAGUGUACAAUCCAGACACUGAUCAGUGGACCAUCUUGGCAUCCAUGCCGAUUGGUAGAAGUGGCCAUGGUGUGACUGUGCUGGACAAACAAAUAAUGGUUCUUGGCGGCCUUUGCUAUAAUGGUCAUUACAGCGAUUCUAUUCUCACUUUUGAUCCUGAAGAAAAUAAAUGGAAGGAAGAUGAGUACCCUCGGAUGCCCUGUAAGCUGGAUGGUUUACAAGUAUGCAACCUGCAUUUUCCUGAAUACAUACUGGACGAGGUUAGACGUUGCAACUGAUGACAUCGCCUUCCUUACUAAAAAAAUGGCAGAGAGCAUUUGUUUGUGAUCUAUAGUUAAUUAAAAAAACAAAAAGAAAAACCUCACCAGUUUUACUAUCAAAGCCAUUGGUCUAAUAUCUUACGAAGUUUUCAUUUUUCUGCUAGCAUCCUGUUUUUUUCUUUUUAGUGGUCUUAAACCCAUGCAAUAAGUUAAUUCUAAACGCUAGCUCUUGAAACUACUUCCAGAAGCAGUUUAAUGGAAUGAUCCACUUAUCGGGGAAGCUGAUUUUAUGCUUUAAGGUAUCAGUGCAGGUAGGAUUCAUGAAUCUUCUAAGACCAGACCUGAUAAGUGUCACUAGAUGUGAUUUCAGUUUCUGUCUUUAUCUGAAAUCUUUUUGGACAUUUAUUUCAGUCUGUUAAACUUUUUGGUUUUAUUAUUUAAAGUUUAAAACUCUUGACCUUUUUGCAUGGCUUUUUUGCUGAAUGUGCAAAAAUAUAAAUUUUCUACAAAAUAACUUUUUAUAUUGAAAACACUAUUUCUAAGCUGCCUUCUCUUAUCCGCAUUGUGUUAGUGAAAGCAUAUCCAUACUUGCAUACAUCCUAUAAAUAUACAAGGCACAUCUCCUUUUAUGUGUGGUUAGGAUUCUAUAUUUUUAAGCUAGUGUACUCACACACACGGUUCGUCAUACUUGUUGAAUUUUAGAUGUAACAUCUUUUCAUGUAUUAAUAUUUUUAGAAACUUAAAAUAACUGGAGUCCUCAUUUCGUAUCAAAGUAGCCUAUCUUCAGUCCAUACUGACUCAGUAAUAUUUGAACCCCCUAUAUUCCUGAAACAUGUAUGGAUUUAUGAAAACUUAACACUUUAUAUUUUAUUUUCACAAGUAAGCAUUAGUGUUCUUUAUCAUGUAUGUCUUUUCUUUUUUAAAAUGUUGUUCUUUGCAGUCUGUUUAACGUUGCCCUGUUUUUAGAGAGAAUUGGAGUGGUACACGACAAGCUCUGACCCUGCAGCGUGCAAGCACUUUCAAAGAGAAUUUAGGUAAUCUCAAACUCCUAAACAAAGGCCCCCUUGAACGUAAGUGCAACUCCCAUUCUUUACGUUAAAUGAGGCUGCUACAUCUGUUACUGAAUGGAAGGUAGCAACCCUUAGAAUGUUUGAGCUUGGCUUUUUUUUUUUACUUAGAAGUAAGGAAUAGAAUUGUAAUCCUACUGGUUGUAUCUACUUGUUUAACAAAAUCCCCAGCAGCACUGGGCAUGUAAGCUCUCAGCUCUUGUUUUAUUUUCUGAAAGCUACUAGCAUGAAGGAUAGUAACCCCAACUUGAGAGUGGAUCACAAAUAAUUGUUUAAAAGCAGUUUAUAAUAUUUUAGGAUUAGCUGCACCUUUCAACUCUUUAAAUGCAAAAGAAAAAUAUAGUUGACAAAAUUAAGCAGGAAUAACCAGGGAGUAAGUGGAUCAUUCAAAUUGAUGCCACCUUCUCAAGAGUUGAGUCUGUCUGAUACAGACUAGACCUACACUGGCAAAACUUGCCACAUCUUUGGAUAUUGGUGCAAUAUGGCAAUGCCUUCUAUAUGGCUGUUGUAUAAAUUUUCUAAUUUCUUUUUGCUGCUGCCAUCACUGAACAUAAAAUGGAAACGUGGAGUCAUGGAAAUGUGAAGACUUUUUGUUUUAAUUCAGUUAGAUUAUAAAAUGAAACCUGAUUUUAAAACUCCAAAACUGGAGGCACUUAAGAAAUCAGGUACACAAGUCGCUUUUGAAAGAGAAAAAAAAAAAUGGCAUUGGUUUUAGAAAUAAGUUAGUAAUAUUAGUUGGUAUAAGAGGCUUAAAUUUUCAUUUAGGGGACCUAUCACUUUCAGUUUCUAAAAAUGAAACGUGAUAGUUUGUUUGCUGUGGUGAUAUGAAAAAUUUGAAAACUAGGCAUUAGGUGAAUCAUUUAAUUUUUUUCUAAUAUAUUAGUUGGUCUGGGUAUUUGUAUGUGUGCUGUUUUGCUCUAAAGAAAAUAGCGUCUUCAUGGUUUUCCUCUUUGAUGUCUUUUGCUAGAAAAGACUGAAAGAGCUGUCAGACAGGGUACCCGUAUCAAAGGCUUUCACAUUUCAGUGGUGGUUCUCUUGUAUUGCUUAAAUCUGACUUCAUAGCCCUAGUUAGGGUAAGAUCUGGGCAAAUAGUUGAAUAUUCUUGGUGUUCCAUUUUAAAGACACAAGACCAAGGUCAAAGUUCAUUUUUGGUAAACUUUUGUGAAAUCUUAACUUGAACUAACUCUGGGUUCAGCUUCACGUAAGUCUUGUCUGACCUGAUGUUAGCUGUAAUCAGUUUUGAGCUUUAAGAAUAGUUGCUAUUUGCUUGGAUUCUGAAUGUAUGAGAAAAUGUUUCUGUUUAUAUGUAGUUCUAACGUAGGUUAUAUUAAAUCCACAAUUAACUUACAUUCCCUUUUAAAAUUAUGGUUUAAUUGUUGAAAGAGAUUUAUUUUUGUUAUACUAAACUAUGGAAAAUUCUUUCAUAGAAUUUUUUUUCAAGUUUAUUUUUUGUGUGCUUUAUUUGGAACCAUUUUUUGUUUAUAUGCAUUGUAUACGCUCAAAAUAGUAGUUUUUGAAAAAUUCAGUAAGAGGUUAGAAACUAUACAGUGUAACUGUUGUGAUCUUUAUAUGUGUUAAUUUUCACUUUACAUUUUAAAUGCCAGUCUUCAUUAAUUGCAUUUAAAUUAGAAACAUUUGUUCUCUUUCCUUCCACGUCUUUGAUCUUCUAAGUUUUGAUUUUAAUCUACUUAAAGAAAAUCCUUGCACUACAACCUUUUCAUAAAAUGCAAGAUUCUCACAUUGAAGGUUUUGUAUUGAAAGAAAUACUACUGGUUUUUAAAAAACAAAGCUUAAUGAAUAGAAAUAUUAGCUUUUCUUGAGACAGCUUUCUCUGUGUCCUCAUUACUCCGCUUUAUGUGAGUGUUAACUAUAAUUGUGAAAUAUUGACUGAGCCCUUCACUUAUCCUUUCUAAAGCAGCACCUUUGGACACCUCAUUCUGGGAAGCCUGCUCGAGUCAUAGUAAAGGACACACAUUUGUGUGGGGAGAAGUGGUAAAAAUGGAGAGUUUUGUCUUAAUUACAUGAAACUAAGCUUUAAAAUAUUUUAUAACAAAUUAUUUGAGCUGCAUAAUCUAAACAUGUUAAACGUUCAGUGGGACUAUUUUUAUAUGUAUAUGUGGUGGUAGGUAGGUCAUAACAUUUCAGUUGGUAAUAUAAAUUGUUAAUCUCAGUUUAUAAGCUAUCUCUCAGAAAAGACUAGCUCUUUUGAGAAUACAUAAUUUAAAGUUUAGACUGAAGUAAAACACAACAUAUAUAAUAGUGUAAAUUAGACAUAAUUGAGGGCUAUGUGGCAGUAAAACUGCUAGUGCCAGUUUUCUUGUUUGCCUAUUAUACAGUUUUGAUUUUUUUUUUGGAUUCUGAACAUCUUUAGGGAUCAUAAGUUUGUUCAAUUGGAUUAGAGUUGGUUUGGGAAUACAUAUCUUCUAAAAAGAGAUUUAUCUUAAAAAUGAAAGCCCUGAUAUAUUAGUUUAUUGAGAGUUUAUAAAGUCAAAUAUUCAGUAGGCAUAGACUGGAAUAGAUAAACUCGUGGAAGUCAUAUCCUUUCAAUAUACCAGUGUAACUUCAAUAUUACCCAAGUAACAUUGAGAGAAUGCCAUCAACUUUGUUCCCCCUUAAUAUUCUUGGAUUUUCUUUUUACAUCUUGGGGAACAACUGCAUUAAAUAAUUUUAUUAAUCAGUAUACCGGUAAGGGUUAGGUGUUUGCUUUCUGAAGGAAUGUUCCAGUGAGGUGAUUGGAGAGGUUAUUUUCUACCUAACUUGUAUAUGCCCUAUAUCUCUCGGGCAUACUUUGUCUAUAGAAAAAUAUUUUGACCUUUUAGGUACCUUUUGGGCCAGUAGUCAAAUAAUUCUAGGGCCAAUAUAAAAAUCUUAGAAUAAUUUAAGGUUUGCCUUUUAUACCUGUUUUGAAAGCCUUUACAUUUUUGUCAGGUAAUUUUUCCCAAGCCGUGGAUAUAAUCUAUUCAAACAUGUUUAUGCUAUCCAUUCUGUUUUUAAAUUUAAAAAAAAAAUGUUAAAAGUGUUUAUGAAGAAAAGUUUAAAUAAAAUAUUUUUAAUCUUUAAAAUAUACUUCUUUAUCUCUAUUAUUUACCAACUUUAUAUAUAACCCAUCCAUCACUUUCAAAGUCACUAAUGAUUUAAUUAGCAGUAUAAAUUUUGUUUUCCUUCAGCAUGCCAAGGAAGUGCCAUGAAAAUGUGAUUUCUGUCAAUGCUUUUAGCCACAGAUUCAAGUGACAGCAUCAGAGGGAAACUAUUUAUACUCUUAUAUGCAGUGAAAAUUUUAUGAUGAAGCCAAGGAAUUGAAGUUUUACUCAAAGAGUUUCGCAGAAUUGAAAUAGAAAAUUGAGACAAAGCAUACACAAGCCUAAAGCCUUAGUUUGGUGAUUUCUAGAUUUCCUUUAGCAUUUUUGACUCAUUCUUAAAGAAAUUUCUGAAAUUAAGGAAUAGGCAGAAAUAAAUCUGCUAUAUACAUAAGCACAUGCCUUCUUUAAAACAGACUCCUGAGAAACCUCAGAGGGAUUCCUGACCUCCUAGAUCCUGGCCUAAAGCCACCUUUCCAGCCUCAUCUCUCACCAUCACUUCCUAUACUCCAUUCUGAAGCCACAUCACAUUGCCUGCCUUUCUUCCCCUUCCUUGCUUGUCAAAAUCCCUUUAUUUUGCAAAACCCAACUCAAAGGUUUCUUUCCCCUCUUGAAACCUGUGUUAUCUCCCCCACUGAAUUAAUUGCCUCUUCUACACUCAACUUGUUUAUAGCUCUUUAUUUCGUUUCCUUUGCAUAACAGUUGUGCAUAUCUCCUUCUCCACAACUAGGUUACAAUCUUCUUGGAUGAAAGGACCUUCUUUUAUUCUUCUUUGUACCCAUGUAUCGAGCAUGAUGCAUUGC